CUCAAGCCCCUUUUCAAUCCCAGACCAUUUUCUAAUGAACCCGAUCCGCAAACUCUCAUCAACCUUUCUCAAAGAACCCCUCAUAAACCCCACCUUCUUCGCCGCCGUCCGCCGGCGGUUGUCGACCAAAAGUGGCAACGACGAAUGGAACGACGCCUGGGAAGCUGCGUGGCUUCCCGACGACCUUUCUGGAAAGAAUCGAGCUCCAUGGGAAGCCGACGUAAAUUUUGCACUUCCUGACGACACUAGCAACACUACUGAAAUUACCCAAAUUGAGCCUAGAGUUUCGGAAGUUGAUGCGGAAACUAAAGCCUUUGUGGAGGAUAUGAAUGAGAAUUGGCACUUAAGAAAGGGGAAGCAGAAAAAUAGCAGUGAGGGCAUAGUUAUGAACGAAAAUGGAAGUUCGCUUUAUAGUUUGGAGAAUAUAAAGAAGGAUUAUAGGUUGAAGAAGCAGAGAGUUCAUGCGGGUUUGUGGUUGAAGGAAAUUGAGAAGAUGGAAGAGGCUAAGCUUGGGGAUUCUAUUGGUGGUAGUGGCAAUGGUGAUGAUAUUGAAAAACUUCUCGAUAGCUGCUCAGAGAUUUUUGAUUCACCUAAUGAUGACUCAAACAAUUCGAACACAACUUCUGAGUUCAAAAACAAACCUGAUGGCUGGGAAACGACUUCAAAAACACAAGAUGGGAAUAUAUGGGAGAUGUCACAAAGAGAAGAAGAUAUCUUAGUCCAAGAAUUUGAACGCCGAAUUGCAUUUAACAAAUUCCAGAUUGCCAGUUUUAUUAAAACCCAUAUAUUUAGUCGGAGGAGGCCUAUAGACGGUUGGAAGUAUAUGAUAGAGGAGAUCGGUCCAAAUGCCAGAAAAGGGAAGGGUAGUGUUUCAAGGUUACCUAGUAUAGCAGAUGCAUCAACUCGACCUUUCAGGGAGGAAGAAACAUCGUCAAACACUACUUUCCCCUCUAAUCGAGGGAGGACUGAAAGGAGGUAGCAUUUUGUAAAUUCUUUUUCUUGGAACAGAGUGACAUUGCCAAAUCUGAGUAUGCAUGUUGAAAAUUAGUGUUGAACUUGUAUGUUCUAUUGAAUUAACAAAAAAAUUUUCAUAGGCCCUAUUGGAAAUUAUUUUCAUAUUCAUCUAGAAUCUAGAUAAGUUUUAUUGUAUUUGCAUUAUUAACCAGAAGGGCCCUGUAUCGCACAAUCUAGAUUUAGUCAGGACUCCAUUGCGAGCUCCGAACACCAGGUGGAUAACAAAAAAAAUAAGGCCAUGUGCCUUUUUAUGUUCAGGAUACUCACUGUCCAUUGAUCCGGCAAUUGAAGAACUUGAGCAUGAUAGACUAUCAUGCCCCAAAGCUGGGUGAGAUGUGAUUGACACUUGGCUCUAGUCGAUUGUUGAGGAGCAAUAACAUAAUUGUUAGAAGUGGGGUUCGAGGAGGGUAGUAUUUAUCUAGUCUUACCUAUUUUUUGAAGGUAGAGCUAGAUUAUUCUCGAUAGACCUUCAACUCAAGUAAUGAAACUGUAAGGGAUCGUUUGAUUUCAAUUCAAGUUAUGAUGAGAUUUGUGAUGA